UUAAUUUAUCGACCAGUGCUUAUGAGCAGGGGGAACUGGUAUCUUAUGAGUACAUUCGUUGGGUAUUUGUUUUACCGCAACACGCAGCUGGAAAAAGUUUGGUUUUAAUAUUUUGUUGUUUUGCGAAUAUUCUUUACCAACUAUUGAAAGAGAAACAAUAUAACUAUUUCUCAAUAUGGAUCGACCACAGAAAAUGCCCAAAGUGGCAAAGGUGAAAAACAAAGCGCCGGCGGAGGUGCAAAUUACGGCAGAGCAACUGCUGCGUGAGGCAAAGGAACGUGAUUUGGAGAUACUGCCACCGCCGCCAAAGCAAAAGAUCUCAGAUCCAGCCGAGUUGGCCGACUACCAGCAGCGAAAGCGCAAAACUUUUGAAGACAAUCUACGUAAGAAUCGCAUGGUGGUCAGCCACUGGAUCAAGUAUGCGCAAUGGGAGGAACAACAGCAGGAAAUACAACGUGCCCGCUCUAUAUGGGAGCGUGCGCUGGACAACGAACACCGCAAUGUGACAAUUUGGCUAAAAUACGCCGAAAUGGAAAUGAAAAACAAACAGGUUAACCAUGCGCGUAAUCUGUGGGAUCGCGCUGUGACCAUAAUGCCACGCGUUAAUCAGUUUUGGUACAAGUACACUUACAUGGAGGAGAUGCUGGAGAAUGUGGCCGGAGCGCGUCAAGUAUUUGAACGCUGGAUGGAGUGGCAGCCAGAGGAGCAGGCCUGGCAAACGUACGUCAACUUUGAGCUGCGCUACAAAGAGAUUGACCGAGCGCGAGAGGUCUACGAGCGUUUUGUCUAUGUGCAUCCAGACGUCAAGUACUGGAUUAAAUUUGCGCGCUUUGAGGAGACGCAUGGCUUCAUUCACGGCGCACGGCGUGUAUAUGAACGUGCGGUGGAGUUCUUUGGUGACGAGUAUAUAGAGGAGCGUCUGUUCAUAGCAUUCGCUCGCUUCGAAGAGGGUCAAAAGGAACACGACCGUGCACGCACUAUAUACAGAUAUGCUCUGGAUCAUUUGCCCAAGGAGCGCACACCAGAACUUUUCAAAGCGUACACGAUACAUGAGAAGAAAUACGGCGAUCGGGCUGGCAUUGAGGAUGUUAUUGUGUCCAAGCGUAAGCAUCAGUACGAGCAAGAGGUGGCCGCCAAUCCAACCAACUAUGAUGCCUGGUUCGAUUAUCUACGUCUCAUCGAAGCCGAGGGCAACCAGGAUCUUAUACGCGAGACCUAUGAGCGUGCCAUCGCCAAUGUACCGCCAGCCAAUGAAAAGAACUAUUGGCGUCGUUACAUCUACAUGUGGAUCAACUAUGCGCUCUAUGAGGAACUGGAUGCAGAGGACGAAGAGCGCACGCGUCAGAUCUACAAAACCGUCCUUGAGCUCAUACCCCACAAGCAGUUCACUUUCAGCAAGCUCUGGCUGCUCUAUGCUAAUUUCGAGUUGCGCUGCAAGCAGCUUCAACGUGCACGCAAAACGCUUGGCAUGGCCAUUGGCAUGUGUCCACGGGACAAACUGUUUCGUGGCUAUAUUGAGCUGGAGAUACAGCUACGCGAAUUUGAUCGCUGCCGUCUGCUCUACGAGAAGUUUCUGGAGUUUGGACCCGAGAACUGUGUUACCUGGAUGAAGUUUGCCGAGCUGGAGAAUCUGCUAGGCGACGCGGACCGUGCUCGUGCCAUCUAUGAGCUGGCCGUGCAGCAGCCACGCCUUGAUAUGCCCGAGCUGUUGUGGAAAUCGUUCAUUGACUUUGAGGUGGGGCAGGGUGAAACAGAGUUGGCACGUCAGCUGUAUGAGCGCCUGCUGGAGCGCACGCAGCAUGUCAAGGUUUGGAUGUCGUUUGCCAAAUUUGAGAUGAGCACCAGCAACGGCCACGACGAGGCUGAUGCGGACCUCAACGUACGUUUGGCGCGUCGCGUCUACGAACGAGCCAAUGAAACACUUCGCCAGCUUGGCGACAAGGAAUCACGCGUGCUCCUGCUGGAGGCUUGGCGUGACUUUGAGCGUGAGGUUAACGAUGCAACGGCGCUGCAGAAGGUGCUGGACAAGAUGCCACGACGCAUCAAGAAGCGACAGAAGAUUGUCUCUGAGGAUGGCACUGAGGAGGGCUGGGAGGAGGUCUUUGACUACAUAUUCCCCGAGGAUGAGAUGGCGCGACCCAACCUCAAGCUGCUUGCCGCGGCCAAGAUGUGGAAGAAGCAAAAGGAGACUGUAACUGAAAUCGAUGCGCAGCUUAUGCCUGCACCGGCGCCAGCAGAAGCAGAGACAACAGCAAGGGAUACUUGAUAGCUACUUAAUAUUAAGAACUGAACGUUUAUAUAAAUUUCUAAUUGUGUACAGUAAAGCCAAGAUAAUUUGAAUCGGUCAAUUCAAAUGAUAUUUCGAAAUAUCUCAACUAAAAUUGUGAAAUAUGUAUUUUAUAUUUAGUAACAUGUUCGCUGCUCACAAAACUAUUGAGUUGUUGCCAAGUUCAUCAUCAGGCA